AUGAUUUUUGAUAAAUUUUUAAAUUCAAAAUCAUUUAUUAUUGUUUGUUUUCAACAAUUAUCAAAUAAUUGGAUAACAAUUUUAUAUUUAAUUCUUUCAUUAACACAUCUUAUAUAUACAUGUGCUCCAAGUAAUGGAAAUGGUGGUGUUCGACCAAAUGCUACAACAACUACAUUAUCACCUUCUUUAACAACUACUACUACUACAACUCUUUCAACAACUACAAUUACUGGAAAUUGUUGUCCGGCACUUGUACAAACUUUUGAAGGAACAACAUUUGCUGAUGGUAAUUUAACAUUAACUUAUGAUAAUGAUAAUUGUAGAACAUUCGUUGAUAUGUUUUGCACGCAACCAUUACAAGAUCUUUCAUUAUAUGCAGCAAUCGUUGUAAAUACAAAUAAUUUUAUGAAUUAUAAUUUUAUGAAUGUUACUUGGAAUGCAACAUGUUCUAAUGGUGUAUGGAUAACAGGAGAACCACCUUUACAAAUUAAUAUAUUACAAUGCUUAUUAACAGAACCAAUUACAUAA